GUAAUGUCAUUUACGUUGUUUCUAUGCGCAGUGAACGAUAUUUCUUUAUAAUUAAAUGACACUAGCUAACAAUAUUGUAAAGUGAUAUAAUUUAAAAAAAAAUUAGAAAAGUAUGUCUACUGAAAGUAGUAGAAUUUCUGUGACCAUUGAAUUUGGAGGUGGGGCAGAAUUACUCUUUGACAAGAAAAAAAAGCACGAAGUGAGCUUACCUGGAGAUGAUUGGACUAUAGAAAAGCUACUUUUCUGGAUAAGGGAUAACCUCUUAAAAGAACGACCGGAACUUUUUAUACAAAAAGACACCGUGCGACCAGGAAUUCUAGUUCUCGUGAAUGAUACUGACUGGGAAUUGCUGGGCGAGGGCAAUUACAGAAUAAACUCCGGCGACACGAUAUUGUUCAUAUCAACUUUACACGGAGGGUAAGGAGAGACGCUCAUGGGUGAAGUAGGCAGCGGUCGAUGAAGAGGGAAUCGAAGAUGGUGGCGCACGAUCCAGCUCCAUCGCUUCGUGAGAAGCGAUAGCUCGCGGCGUGUUUGAUUGUGUAAAAGAGAGGUGUGCACACACGUGCACAGGGUCAGAGAAUAAAAUGCUCAUUCGCA